CUUUUGUAUAGCCUUAGUUUAGGAAUAUGUCCAUUCUAUUAAUUUUCUUUUUCUUAGUUUAAUUAAUUAAAUUUUAUUUUAUUUUUUCAGGAUAUCACACUUUUAUCUUUCUAAAAAAGAUAAUUAUAUUGUUAGAAUUUUCUGACAAAUUAAGAAGAAAGAUGGAGUUUUGGACAUUAUUUGAGGUGGCAUCUAUGCCAAUAUUACAAAUGCUUCUUAUAAGUGUUUUAGGUGCUUUAAUGGCAACUAAUUAUUUCAAUAUUCUUCACUCUGAUACUCGAAAGUCCCUUAAUAAAAUUGUGUUUGUGGUAUUUACACCCUCCAUAACAUUUGCAAGUUUGACUAGAACAGUCACCUUGGACGACAUCAUCUCAUGGUGGUUUAUGCCCAUUAAUAUAGGGAUAACUUUUUUAAUUGGAGGAAUUCUUGGAUGGCUAGUUGUAAAAAUACUUAAGCCAGAGCUACAUUUAGAGGGACUUAUUAUUGCUACAUGCUCAACAGGUAAUUUGGGAAACCUUCCAUUGAUAGUAAUUCCAGCAAUUUGCAAAGAGGAUGGCAGCCCAUUUGGAGAUCAAAAAAUUUGUGAUUCUCUUGGUCUUUCUUAUGUCUCUUUCUCUAUGGCAGUAGGUGGUUUCUACAUAUGGACAUACACAUACCACUUAAUAAGAAGUUCCUCUGUGAAAUUUAAAGCAAUAAAAGCAGAAAAUGCAUUGAAGAAACCAAAUAUGGAUUUGUUAGAUGCAAAUGAGAAAUCUCACCUUCUUCAACAUGAUGAUACUGAAAAUCAAAUGAUAAAAGUAUGUGAAGUAUCAUCAUGGAGCAAAAUAGCAAGGACUUUGAACAAAAUUGUGGAGGAAUUAUUAGCACCUCCAACAAUUGCAGCAAUUUUAGGACUUAUAUUUGGUUCAAUAACAUGGUUGAAAAACCUUAUUAUUGGUAACAAUGCUCCCCUUAGAGUUAUUCAAGACACUGUCAAAUUACUUGGGGAUGGGACAAUUCCAUGUAUCACUCUUAUAUUAGGGGGUAACCUCACCCAAGGAUUGAGGAAGGCAAAAGUGAAACCAAUGAUCAUUAUAGCAGUGGUGUGUGUGAGAUAUAUUUUUAGUCCUCUCGUAGGAAUUCUUCUUCUUAAAUCUGCAUCCAAAUUUGGAUUCCUUGCAUCAGAUCCCCUUUACAAAUUUGUGCUCAUGAUUCAAUAUACAUUGCCACCUGCCAUGAAUAUCGGAACGAUGACACAAAUAUUUGAUGUGGCACAAGAAGAGUGUUCAGUCCUUUUUUUGUGGACUUAUUUGGCUGCAGUAUUUGCACUUACAAUUUGGUCCACUAUAUUCAUGUGGCUUUUGUUCUAACAAAUAUAUUGUAUGAUAUAUUACUCGAUAGUUGAUAUAUCGUACCAAACGGGUUAGAUAUAUGAUUAAUGUAUUAAAGACGAGAUAAGAUAUUUGGAUAUUGAGUAUUAGUGUGCAAUUAUAAUUUUUAAAUCUUUUUUCUA